AUUUUUAAAUAAAAAGCGUCUGUUGAAACAAAAAAAAAAAGGUAAAUCUUUUCUAACCUAUUUGGUUUAAAGGGACAAAAAAAAAAAAAAGGAAAGGGAGGAAAAUGAAGGGAAAGUUAAUUUAUUUUGAACAAUGUGUACUCAAAAUGUGGGAGUAUAAAAGAAGCUUAAAAAAUAUUUGAUGAGACAGUAUAAUGAUAUCAUGUCAUGGACAGCCAUGAUUAAUGGGUAUGUGGAACAUAGUUUUAGCUAUGAAGCCACUGAGUUGUUUGAGAAGCUUCCCACGGUUGGUCUGAAACCUGACCCCGUGACCUUCAUUGGUGCUCUUACUGCUUGUAGUCAUGCUAGACUAGUUGAACUUGGUUUUAACUACUUCAAUUCAAUGAGCAAAGGGUACCAAAUAAGUCCUUCAAAAGAACACUAUGAUUCCACUCGGAGAAAAAAAAGGGGAACCCGACAGCCAUGCUUGAGGAAACCGGUAGAGAGCUUGAUUUUUCCCUUCUUUCUUGUCCAAGAACCUGAUUUGGAACCCAGAAAUCUCUUCCCCUGCUGGAAAAUCCCGGAUCUGCUCUGUCUUUCCUCCCCUGUCCGCCGGCUGCUCUUGCUUGCCGUGAGUUUCUCCCCUGCACUUGCCGCCGGCCUCCUCCCCCCUUGCAGCUCCGGUUUUAGCUGGAAAAUUCUGGUUCUUGAUCGUUUUGUCAGUUUAGUGCGUGACUUGAGUGCUCGGUUUUGCGGAGUGAGGUAAGUAAAUUAUGGUAACGCCCUUUGAUUUUUAAAAGCAUGUUUUGAUUUGUUUUUGAAGUGGUGGGAGGACUAAACCCGUUUUACACAAGUAUGACUAAUUUGAAGUGAAAUGUUUUAUGCUUUUCACUAAAUUGAGCAUGCUUACUUGAAAUUUAAGUGAUUGUCCUGAUGAUCUGAAAGUGACUUGAAAGUGAUUGUGAACUGUCCUGAUGAUCUGAAAGUGAUUGUGAAUUGUGAUUUGCCUGUUAACUUCUGCCUGUUUUGUCUCCGAUAUGGUCAUGUUAUUCGUGUGCCCGCUAGUGGGAGGUUAUAAACGCUAGCACAUGUUGACAUGUUCGUGAUAGAACCGGUUCGCUCGUGGCCCUACUAGUGGGGAUUAUACACUAGUACUCGUGUGCCCGCCAGUGGGAGGUUUAUAAACGCUGGCCAUGACCUAUAGAGGAGACGUCUAUUUUGUGCCCGUACUGUAUCCGUUUUUCGUGAUUACACUUGUUGGCAUGCUAUAAGUUUAAUUAAGGGCAAUCCAUAUUUUACUUACUGAGUUAUCUCACCUCGUUUUUCUCAUCCGCCAUUUCAGGUAGUGUGCCCCGAGACUCGGAAAUCAAGGGAGUGACGUGAU